AUUGUAUUAAUGGGUUAAAUUUCUUGUUUUUAAGGAAAUGAAUUAACGGAAUUUAAUGUAUUGUUAAUAGGUCCAUCUGGAUCAGGGAAGACAAGGGUGGUUACAGAAAAGACUUUAGGACCAACGAUUAGUAAUGAAAUAUUUAAUUAAUAGAAUUAGAAAAACACUUAAUAAAAUUGAAUGAUACUCAUGGGUUGAAUUUUUAUGAUACUCCUGGUAUAUUUAGUUUAUUUAAAUAAUGUCUAAAUUAAGAUAUUAUAUAAUGUUUUGAUAUAAUAGCAUGCUUUCCAAAUUCAGAAUAAUAUAAGGAAUAUAUUAAGGAAUUAUUAUAAAAUAACACAAAAUUGUUCAAAUAGAUUCCAUUUUAUGAUAUUCCAGGAGAUUUAGAAUCGAAAGAAAUAAGAAAUAAGAUCUAUUUGUAAAUUUUAUCAUAAAGUAAAAGAAAAUCAAAAAAGCCAAGUUAUAAUUAAGAAAUAGUAUGA